CCGUCGCAGGGGGAAGGAUUAACCCAACUGUCGUUGUGGAAUAAUUGACAUUGAAUCGUGUCGUCGGAUGCUCAUUCGUACCCCACCGAACCUAACGAUCAAAAGAACCUGAUGGGUCGGCGUUCACAGAAGCCGAAGGACGAUGAGACAGGGUGUUGGAAAUGCGAGCUGCAAGGUCUACAAUGCGAUCGGGGGACCUGCCAAUCGGGGUACUGCAUUCCAUGUGGACAUGCUGGUGUGAUAUAUUCUCCAAAUCAUUUUGAGGGGUUCUUCAGCUAUGCCUUGAGAGAUCACAUGCUAUUGUUAGUGGGAAGGAAGUAUUUGGGCCUCAACGCACGCAAAGAUGUGCUUGAAAUCGACAUCACCCGCUCAAAAGGGCUGUCAAAACCACACCAACUCGUCACAUGGAGCAAAGUCGGUCUUUCCAAUAAUCGUCUAAAUUAUCAACUCGAUAAGAUCGUUUUUGAGUCUUACCUCCCGAACGUUCGUUGCAGAACGGCAACGACUAGUCUCAUAACAAGUGCGUUAUUUGGGCGAGGGUAUCUAACUCUUCUCUUCCCAUGCAAUGUUAAGGAGGGGGCAGGGAUUUUCUCCGAUACCAUAUGCCUCUUUAAUCUUGCUUUGGCGCGACUUCAUGAGAGUAUCGAUGAAGUUACGAACGGCUUCAACCAAGACGUCCAAAGGAAUGAGAGAUAUUGGGCUGAAGCUGCGUCUUCACUAGCCAUACUUUAUCCUGGCCUGCUACAUGCUCAAGACCGCCUCGACGACCAUACCACCCAGCCUUUUUUUGGCGAUCUAACACUGGCUGAUCUUCUUGCCGGGAGGAUCAAGUCAACCUUGGCACACUUCAAUCACCUCCUUUGUCAUGGAAUGCUGAGGUGUGAUCUUGAAUGGACGUCUGUCCUGGAAGGUUCACUGGAAGAUAUGCGAACGAACGUGGAGAUAUCUUCACUAGCAAUCAGGGCAUUCAAGCAGCACGACCUAAUGAGCACGAGGUCUCUUUCAACAAGUAGCUCUGGAUCCUCAUUGAUCUGUCCUACAAACACCCCUCCUUCUUCAAUUGAAGGAACUCCCCCUGAAAAGUCUGUCACAGCCAGUUCUGGCAUGUCGAGAAGAUAUGGAUGGCUUGACACUGGUCCCAGACCACCAUUGACCACUUCUACGAAAAGGCCUGCCCCACUGUGGGAUCCCUUCCAAGACCCGAUAGUCUUCCACCUCGGUCCAUCUUCUCCAACACUCAAUGGCAGGCAUACCACGUUCUCAAAGUCCGCUACAAUCCCAUACGGGGAUACUUUCAAUAUCUCAGCCCCCCCACCACUUUCAACAAUAUACACAUCACAGUUGAAUGACUUCAGCGAUCCUGUGCCGCUGGAACCAUUUCCCCAGGACAACGGCUCCAGCGAUAUUACAUCGCCGGAAUCUUUUCCUAAUUGGCAAGCCCUAGGCAUGUCUUCAGACGUCCCUAGUGAAAUAGAGCAAAUCCACUCUCACGUAUCACUCCCAUUGUCACACACGAGUGACUUGGGAAAAGAAACCUCUGAUUUGGAUUCUCGCGACCUAUUUUCAGACCCACAAUACCCAUAUACGUCUAUUAUUGGAUGACGAGGAAAGGCUCAUCCAAUGUAACACCACCAGACCCCUUCUCACGUAUCACUCCCAUUGUCAUGAACGUAUGACACUGGAGAAGAGACCUCUGUUUUGGCUUCUGGCGACCUAUUUCCACGAACUGUCUCCGACAGGUCGAAUCGACAGUUCGAACUGUCCGCGAUACUACUAAUACAUCGAAGGCGGUGAGGCGUGUUUCAGCGCUUUA